AAUAUCAUAAUGCCUAAACACGCUUUAUGGCGUGUAUAUUAACUUCUAAAGCGCCAGGUGAAGAUUUCGCAGCAAUGUCGGAAUAUUCUUUGGACUCUUUAGAAAGUGUUGAGGAUGAUUCCUUGGAGAAACGUAACUCGGUCAAUAGUGAUAAUGACGAUAACCUAGGAACAAUCAAAUCCGAUGACAGAUCCAGCAAGAAUACUUCAUUUCGAUUGAAUUCUACAUUAACAACGUUAUCUCAUAUUAAAGACAAUAUGACGGAGGCCAACUGCACCGUACGUGAGGACAGAUGCACGGGAACAACCGGCGUCAGGAAUUCGAUAAUUACGAGCGGAAGAGGAUUCGCCCGACGACAACAGGAAUGUCGCGCGACUCGGGAAGAACCGUGGCUUUGCAUAAGAAAGAGGAACGACGUCGGGGAACGGCGUUCAGGAGAAGGCGACGAGAGUCGUCGUCGUCGUCGUUGUCGUCGUACGUCAAGACCGACGACGAUGGCAACGACGACAACGAUGACGACAGAGACGGAGCGAUGUUCCCUGGGGGCGCGAAAUUCUUCGUCAAAAUGCAGUCUGCGUGACAACGGGGGUGGUAUGAGAGCCGACAAAAAACUCGGCAACGUUCUCAUACCAUGGAUCCGAGGACCGGCCAGGACUACCUCGUAUCUCGAGCUUUAUCGGCGCAGAUUCAACGUCUCGAGGUACCCGCGUAUCCACUCUCCGGAGGGUUCUACCCUGUCGAUUUGUGGCGACAGUCAACUUGAGGAGCUCAGCUUGGAUGAGGGUUGCUCGUCCCUUCCGGGCACCUCGAGGGACGACGGCAGCGAGCUUAGCUUCUAUCGUCGCUUUGUCGAAGAUCAGGCCGUUCGUGUGACGCGUACUAGAAGAUCUUGCGAAAUAUUACGUCAAGGAAUAACUUCAAAUACCGUCUCUCUGCAAGAGCAAUGCGAACGUAGCGUGUCGGACAGCAAGCUGAAGAAACCGACGUAUCGUCCGUAUACUAUCGAGGAGUAUAGGAGCUUAUCGGUGCCGAGACCUGAUCGAUCUCUGGGUCCUGAUAAAGAUGAAGUGCAGGCAAAGAGAGAAUGGCUGAUGCGUCGGAGAUCGUACGGGGACUCGGUUAGCGCGCGCAAUCGCGAGCAGAUACUGCAGCGUACGAGAAGAUUCAAGUCGAGACGCGCCGUCGCUCAAAAAUGUUUCUUACCUCCUUUGAAAGAUUGGGACGCCACAGCAUCAAAGAACCGUGAAAGCUCGAGGAUCCUUGAGACGAAUAACGUUACACAGGAGAGUCUCUUGAAACAUCCUGUCAUGUGCCCGAAGAAAGGGAUCGCCACGGACGAAACAUCGACGUACCAAGAGAGUGAAAUGUUUGAGAAAACGUUAAGUUUCGAAUCGUCUCUUAAUUUAUACGCAUCUUGCGAAGACCUAGAGACAUUGCAACAGUGUCAUUUGCAAGAAACAGAAUUAGCAGAUCGUUUUAUGCGUCAAACGUUAAACUCUUGAACAAAACUGUUUCGCGCAUAAGCAAGGUAGUGUAAAAGCUUCCCAAAUAUAAUUUUUGAAUGUUUGCUCUCGUGACUAUCAUUCUAUCU